CCCCCGCCCCGUCUGUCGGUGCCGCCCCGUCCCGCCCCGUCCGCCCGGACUUUUGCUCCCGGUCGGGCCCGCGUUGUUCCGGGCCAUGUGAACCAUAGGAUCGGUCCGUUGGGCCGUUACCGAACCGGUGCCGGUAUGGAACGCAGGAAGGUCUUCGUGGUGCUCGACGUGCUCUGCGUGGUGGUCGCAUCUCUGCCCUUUGUCAUCCUGACGCUGGUGAACUCCCCGUACAAACGAGGCUUCUACUGCAACGAUGACUCCAUCCGCUACCCCUACAAGGCAGACACCAUCACCCAUGGCCUCAUGGCUGGGGUCACCAUCACCUGCACCGUUCUCAUUAUCUCUUCAGGGGAGGCAUACCUGGUCUACACAGAACGCCUCUACUCCAAGUCAGAGUACAACAACUACCUGGCUGCCCUCUACAAGGUGGUGGGGACCUUUCUUUUCGGGGGCGCCAUCAGCCAGUCCCUGACCGACCUGGCCAAAUACAUGAUCGGCCGCCUCCGGCCCAACUUCUUGGCGGUCUGCAACCCCGACUGGUCCAAGGUGAACUGCUCCAUCUAUGUGCAGCUGGAAAAUGUCUGCCGAGGGGAGAGCAGGAACGUCACCGAAUCCAGGCUGUCCUUCUACUCCGGGCACUCCUCCUUUGGGAUGUACUGCAUGAUGUUCCUGGCGCUCUAUGUGCAAGCCCGGCUGGUGGGGAAGUGGGCCCGGCUGCUGCGUCCCACCAUCCAGUUCUUCCUCCUUGCCUUCGCCAUCUACGUGGGCUACACGCGGGUCUCUGACUACAAGCACCACUGGAGCGAUGUGCUGGCCGGGCUGCUCCAGGGCGCGCUCAUCGCCAUCCUCAUCGUCCGCUACGUGUCUGACUUCUUCAAGCACCGUCCGCCCCGGCAGUGCGAUGAGAAGGACCCGGAGCGCAAACCCAGCCUGCCGCUAACCCUGAGCGACACCGACCGCAAUCACUACAGCUACGCAGGCGCCCCGUGAGCCGCACACAGGGCCUGGACUGAGUGGAGGGGUGGGGGGGGAAAACAUGGAGCCUGGUACCCACCAAUGGCUUCAUCACACUGUG